AUGCUUGCUUGUUUGGCCAGGGGGAAUUUACUGGAUAUUCUUCAGGAGGGCUUCACAGAGCAACAACUACAGGCGUAUGUGGCCUGGGUGAAUUCCCAGCUGAAGAAGAAGCCAACAGUAAAGCUAGUCCAAGACCUGAGACAAGAUCUCCGAGAUGGAGUUGUUCUUGCUUUGCUCAUUGAGAUUGUAGCUGGUGAGAAUUUGAAUGGCAUUCAGGUCAACCCCACCAGCCAGCAGGAGAUGAGGGAAAAUGUGGAGAAAGUCUUACAGUUCGUGGCAUCAAAAAAGAUCCGCAUGCAUCAGACAUCAGCAAAAGAUAUUGUUGAUGGGAACUUGAAAUCUAUCAUGAGGUUGAUCCUGGCCUUAGCUGCUCAUUUCAAACCAGGCUCCGGAAGAGCAAUGAAUCAUAGCCCUGCUGGCAUAGCGGGGAAGAGCUUGUCAGCGUUGUCUGCCAGUCACAGGCCUCGCUCAGCUGCUGCAGUGGCCCAAGGGGCGGUAGCUGCUCUGGCAGAUGUUCGUCAAGAUGUCUUGCAAUCCGGCCGGGAUGUUUUCCGGCACAGACAGAGAAAUAGCAGCAUGGAUGAGGAGAUUGAAAACCCCUACUGGAGUGUUCGGGCACUGGUGCAGCAGUAUGAAGGGCAGCAGAACAUGCCAUUGGAGUCCCACUCUUCCAGUCUUACAUCACCCAGUCCUAUCCACAGUACGAAGAGCGAAUCCACUGUAGCCCCAUCAGAGGAGAAGGAAAGACUUGUGAUCAUCCACACUGAAGAAACAGAAACUAAAACAGAAGAGACAGAAUCUCAUUUCCAGCCUGAGUGGCAAGCAGGGAACCCUGGGUCAUAUUUGGAGAAUUCAUGGGAGGAGCAGCUUUUGGAACAACAGGACCAUUUGGAAAAGGAAAUGGAGGAAGCGAAGAAGAUGAUUUCAGGUUUGCAGGCUUUAUUGCUCAAUGGGUCUUUACCUGAGGAUGAGCAGGAAGGGUCCUUUGAACUUUGUGAACGUGGAGCCUGCCCUGAAGAGCAGCUGAUCAUAAUCCAAAGUCGCCUGGACCAGAGUAUGGAAGAAAAUAAAGACCUAAAGAAGGAGCUAUUGAAAUACAAACAAGAAGCUCGAAACCUACAGGGAAUAAAGGAUGCUUUACAGCACAGGCUGAUUCAACAGGAUGCUUCAGUUCUUCAGCUAAAGCAGGAACUGCUGAGAGCAAACAUGGACAAGGAGGAAUUGCACAACCAGAAUGUUGACCUUCAGAGGAAGGUUGAAGAGAGAAACCGGCUACUGGCAGAAUACAAAAAAGAACUGUGCCAGAAGGAUCGGCAUUUACAGCAGCAUCAGACCAAACUGGAUGAAAUGCUUAGGCAGCUUUCUGAGGCCAGCUACCAACAGGUGGAUUUGGAGCGGGAGCUGGAGCACAAAGAGGCCCUGUUGGCUCACUGCAUGAAGAGAGAAGCUGAAGAGGUGAUGGCUUACAGCGGUCACAGUGCUCAGAGCAAUGGCUUCCUCCAGACAGCAGGAAGAGGAGCUCCUCCCACAGCCCACCGAGGGACAAAUGACUUGCAGCUGGUUCGUGAUGCCCUUCGCAGCCUCAGGAACAGUUUCAGUGGCCAUGAUCCACAGCACCACACCAUUGACAGCCUGGAGCAGGGCAUCUCCAGCCUGAUGGAACGGCUGUACCGCAUGGAAACACAGAAGAAGCAAGAGAGAAGGAUCCGGGGGAAAUCACCGGCAAGCAGAGCAACAAAUGAGUGUAGAGACUCCUGGCCUCCCAAAUCCAAACUGCCUCAUUCUCACAGCACACCCGUGAUGAGUACCAGUGCCUGCUCCAAAGUGUUGUACUUCACUGACCGCUCCCUCACACCUUUCAUGGUCAACAUACCAAAGAGGUUAGGGGAAGUGACUCUGAAGGAUUUUAAGGUAGCUAUUGAUCGUGAAGGAACCCACCGGUACCACUUCAAAGCCCUGGAUCCAGAGUUUGGCACAGUUAAGGAGGAGGUAUUCCAUGAUGAUGACAUCAUUCCUGGUUGGGAGGGGAAAAUUGUGGCCUGGGUGGAAGAAGACCAUGGGGAGAAUUAAUCAAGCUUUUAAGUCUUGUCACUAUGGAAACCUGUAACUGGCUGCUGAGCCAAAGAAUGACCAAAAAGCAUGUGUGCUGGAAGGAGUCCAAUUCAAGCUGCCGAAAAAGAGGGCUUCUCUGCAAACAAUGGGUAAUGCAUGUUGUGUGCAUGGACGUCUGGCAUCUGAAUUUCCAUGCCCAAAUGCAGACAGUGUUCUGAGACUGAAAUGACAGGUCUGUGGGAAAGAAACACCUUGCUUUGUCCUGUCAACUAAACCCUGAAGGCCUUAAUGAUGCCUUGCUCCCUUCCCCUGCUUCUCCAUUCCUGCAAUUUGUGGUGCAGACUGUGAUCUGGGCAUUUCAAGUCUGGUUUCUUGUACAUGGUAUUACAUAAAUCUGCACUGAUGGCAAAAAUGUGAAGCUUUUGCCUUCAUGAGUCAGAAGAAGCCGUUAGAUUGGGUGAGCUGAAGGUCUGACCAACUUUGGUCCUGGACUUGCACGUGCUGCAGGAGCAGAGUGAACUUUCUGGAUGUUCCAGACUGACAGUAUAGAAGUCUGACCUGGGGAGGGAAGACGGUCUUCUGGAGGCUUUAUGCAUGGUCUAAAGCAAAGAUCACCAGCUUGGCAAAGCUCCCUUUCUUCCGAACUCAGGCUUCAAUUUCCUAGCCCUGCUUUUCCCACUUGCUUUCCAAAGCUGUACUCACUUCUGAGACCCUCUGGGUUUGCUUUGUUGCCAUGGGGACUGUGGGGUCUUGGUGCUUGCUUAUUUGCUGAUGGAUUUCAUUUGCAGGGGAGCUGGAAUCGGCUGCUUCUCUGAGGUACUUAUAACCCCUCUCCUUGUUGAGCCUCUUUCCCUGCACUCCUGCCCUCUCCUCUUUCAGCAAGGCAGAUAGUUUGUCAUCUCCUGUGCACAGGCAUCACUGUGUGCUGCUGUCCACUCAUUGCUAGGGCCACCACUUAUCCACCACCAGUACGAUAAACCCCAUCGGUUAUACCACCAGUUCCCUCGUAUGCCUGCUCCUGGGGUGCCUGAAGGAUCAGGAAAUAAAUGACUGCUUGGGAAAGAACAAGCCCUAAAAUCCCUGAGGGUGGGUUUUUCUUUUUGGUUUUGUGGGUUGGUUGGUUUGUUUGUUUCUGCAUUGCCUGUCUCUGCCCUUCUGCUGCCAGUCAGCUGUACUUCCAGAGUGCUGCCUGUGACGUGCAGCAGACACUGACUUAGAAGGUCAAAUGGCAAGUCAAGGCUCUGCUCCUUCUCAGUACAUGUGGCCCUUCCCGUGGACUACCUGUGUCUGUGCUGUGCAUGAGGCUGGGAGAGGGUGAACCUGGUUUUACUGUUUUAUAUUAACAUGUCCUUUUGUAAACAUGUUCCUGUUCUUGGAAUUAUUUUGUAUCAGUUUACAUUUGUCUGAGGACUGUGGAUAUUUUUAUACUAGUGCAAGUGCUUUCUGUAUAUUUCUGCACGCAUUAUACUGUGUUUUACUCA